GUCACAAUUCAAGAUUUUCAGCUUAUUAAAGUGAUUGGAAGAGGAUGCAUGGGCAAAGUACUCUUGGUCAGACACCGUAGGACAUCCCGUUUACUAGCACUCAAGGCCAUCAGUAAAAAGGCAGUCAUAGAGCAGAGUCAGAUUGUCCACAUUAAAGCAGAGCAGCAAAUCCUAUCCGAUAUUUCUACGAUACAACACCCUUUUCUCAUCAAGUUACACUAUUCUUUUCAGGAUGCCAAUCAGCUUUUUCUUGUCUUGGACUAUCACGUCGGAGGCGAUCUAGCAACACAACUUCGUAUCAACCAUACCCUGCCUCCUGAAAGAUGUCGAUUCUAUGCAGCUGAGAUCAUUCUGGGUAUUCAGGAGCUACAUCGAUUAGGCAUUCUUUAUAGAGACCUCAAACCCGAAAAUAUUCUGCUUACUGCAGAUGGUCAUUUGGUUCUCACAGAUUUUGGUCUUUCCAAGCAAUUCUAUGAUGGACUCAGCCUAGAAGAGCAAAGGACUGAGACAUUUUGCGGUACAGCAGAAUACUUGGCACCCGAGAUUUUGAAUCAGCAGCCCUAUUCAUACGAAGUUGACUACUGGAGCUUAGGCAUGAUAUUAUACGAAAUGCUGAACGGUGUUACGCCUUUCUGGGACGAAAACAGAGAUGAGAUGUACCGCAAAAUUCGACAAGACCCUCUUCAGUUUCCAGCUCAUUUUGAUAUAGAAACGGCCACCUUUAUCGCUCGAUUGCUCAAACGUGAUCCGUCUCGCCGCUUGGGCUCUGGCCCUGAUGGUGCUCUGCGUGUUCGUUUAGAUCCAUACUUUUCCUGCAUUGACUGGGACCUGAUAUAUGCUAAGCGUAUCAAACCACCUUAUGUGCCUAACCUUUACUCCGAAACUGACUUUAGUCACUUUGACAGUGAAUUCCUGCAGCUCACACCUCGGCUUUCUCCUGUCUCAAGUGAUUAUAUGCUAAGUCAGAGUUUAGACCGAGCUUUCGAGGGUUACUCAUACACUAAU